AUGCUUUCUCUACGAAACCUCGCCCGCAGCGUCCCGCGGUCCGCCGCUCGCUUCUCCACAAAAGCAGUACGCCCGCAAACUGCUCUGCGCCAGACGGCUGCUUUCCAGCCAGCAUGGACUGUCGCUGUGCCCAGGCUCACAGCCUCUUUCUCCAUGUCUGCAGCAAGGAGAGAGGAUAGUGGUAUCAAUGAGGAGCUGGUUGCGAAGCUCCACAGUGAAAUCGCCAUGGAAGAGAGCAUGAAAGAGGAUGAGGAUCUCUCAGCAAACAUCAAGGAAUAUCUUGAGAACAGCCCCUUUGAGAUUGAGGACCAGGAUGGCAACCAAGAAGUCGUCUUGACCCGCACGUACAAUGACGAAAAGAUCCGCAUCACCUUUACAACGGCCGACCUCAACACUAACCAGGCCGGCGAUGAGUUUUCCGAGGACAGUGCCUUGUUCGAUGAUGCCGAUAUGGAUGUGCAGUCUGGAGGCGCAAACACCAAGGGUGCCAUCAACCAGGGCAAGACUCCAGAUGGAAACAUCCGUGUAGCGCCCGAGGACCGCGUUGCUCCUGCCGACCGCGAGGAGCUCGAGGAUGACUACGAGAACGACGAGUCACAGCAGGGCUUCCCUGCCCAUGCCAGCAUCCGCAUCGAGCGUCCCGGCAAGGGCGCUUUGGCUAUCGAGGCUACUGCCCAGGAUGGCGACUUCCUGAUCGAGGAUCUUUACUACUUCCCAUCAGCUGAUCUGGCUGACCCUGCCACCGCUGAGAAGGACUGGGCAAGGCGUGCGCUCUACACUGGCCCUCCUUUCAACAACCUGGAUGAGGACCUCCAGAUUCUGCUUGAAAAGUACCUCGAGGAGCGUGGCAUCAACACUCGUCUUGCACUCUUCAUCCCCGACUACAUUGACCACAAGGAGCAGAAGGAAUACGUCAGGUGGCUGAACAACAUCAAGAACUUUGUCGCAUAA